CUCCUGAAAACGUUUGCGUCUGGCUUUAGCCCUCAUGCCUGCGCCAGAUAUAUAGCGGUCCUGUUUCAAAUGGUUUCUAGAUCCACCUCCCUCUCUCGGCCCCCACACAUUGGUGGGCAGCCUCAAGCAAUCGCCAUCUUCGUCUUUACACUUCUCGCAUUCGUGGUGGAGAGCCAGUUUACACAAUAUGUCCAAACAGACCUUGGAUAUCGGCAGCCAUUCUUCAUAUUCUAUCUUGUGCACGCAUCUUUCACCAUAAUCUUUCCCUUGCAUUUAGCCUAUCUCACAUGGACCUCCGGUUAUCCUGCAUCUGCCAUUCUCAAAGGACUCUACAUUGCCAUCACUAAGCACCUCUCACCCAAAACAUCGGGAUCCUCGUCCUUCAAGUUCCCCCGCUCCGAGUUCACAAAAUUGAUUACCCUGUUGACAAUUGGUAUUACCUGUCCCGGACUACUCUGGUUUGCCGCUAUCUCGCUUGCGACUGUAAGCGACGUUACCGCCAUCUGGAACACCAACGCCUUUUUUGCCUAUCUGAUUAGCGUGAAACUCUUCCGACUGAAAUGGGAAACUCGGAAACUCUUCGCCGUCGUAUUGGCUACAAUCGGCACCCUCGUCGUUGUCUAUGGCGGCGUUUCGAGUUCAACUCCAGAGGAAGUUGCGAAGGUCGUGGACCCUCCGACUUCGACAGUGAUAAAGCCCAAAGCACCUCUAAUCGGCAACCUUUUGACACUCGUUGCAUCCUUUGGCUAUGGACUGUACCAAGUUUUAUACAAGAUCUACGCCGCCUUACCCUCCGACCCCGAAGUCUCCUCCGAUAUCCUUUACGAACAAAUCCUAGACGAAGCCGAUGGUUCAGAGGAAAUAGAGCCAAUUAACCAAACUGGAAUGCAAGACGCUCUGUACCCACCGCCAUUUGGCCUCCAUCCAAACUUCCUCACAUCGAUCAUGGGCUUUAUCACCUUUGUUGUGCUGUGGAUUCCCAUUCCGAUUCUUCACUGGACUGGAAUCGAGCCUUUCGCUUGGCCCUCCAACUGGCUCACCGUAUUCUCGAUCGCGGGGAUCGCUCUCGGAGGCGUCGUUUUCAACGCGGGCUUCAUGGCAAGUCCCAAAUCCCUGUUCUCGAUCUUGCUCGGCGUGUGGGGCCCCAUAGUAACCUCUGUCGGAAAUCUCCUCACCAUUGUGCUGAUGUUAAUUUCUGAUGUAUGGCUUUCCAUCCCAUUCAUUCCGCAUCCCCCUGAUAUUCAAAAUGUUUAA